AUGUCUUUCUUCGGGGCCGCAUUCUUAGGCGGGAUUGUAGGCGCCUAUAUGUUUCUACGGGCACUCCUAUACUUUACGCAAGACGCAAAAGAGCCGCCAUCAAUUGCGCACACAAUCCCAUUCAUUUCUCCUAUCUUAGGGAUGGCUACUAAAAAAGCCAACUUCUACACAUUCUCUAACAGAGAUAAGUACAACCUCCCGCUGUACACACUGCGAAUGCCCGGGUCGAGGAUAUACGUUAUCAACUCUACUUCUCUCAUUCCCGCAGUGCAGCGCCAGUUCCGCACAUUGGCAUUUACUGCUCUAGAGUCAAGAUUGGCUCGAGAUUUAAUGGGCGUCAGUAAAAGCACGCACGACAUUAUAUCUCACAAUCUUGUGCGCGACGAGGGGUAUCUAAUGACAUUCCCUAAAUUUAUCCAUUCCGCUGUCAGUGCUGGGCCGGGACUGGAUGCUAUGAAUAGGAGAUCGGUUGAAGUGCUAGCCGAGUCUUUGGAUAGACUGUCGGGUAAGGGGCCCGUGACGACUAAAAUGUUCGAAUGGACGCGCCAUGAGCUAUUAAUAGCGACCACGGAAGGCGUUUAUGGCCCCAAUAAUCCUUUUCGCGAUCCAGCUAUGGAGGGGGCUUGGUACAAAUUCGAACCGGGCAUCAUGAUGUUCGUGUUAAAGCUCUGGCCGCAGUUCCUUGCCAGGCAGAGCUUCGAGGCCCGUGAAUACAUGGGUAAGGUCUGGGAGCGCUACUUUGAAUCCGGCGCGUAUAAGAAAGGCUCCGAACUUGUCCAAUGUCGGGUCAAGAUCAACGAAGAUUUCCAAAUUCCUAUUAAACAGACAGCUAAAAUCGAAGUGGGCGGUUCGUUUGCCAUCCUUGGUAACACCCUGCCAUCUACUUUCUGGAUGAUAUAUCAUAUCUUCUCUGACCCCGUAGUUCUGGAGGACAUCAGAACUGAGCUAUAUGAGCACGUAAAGGAAGUAGAUGGGGUAUGCACUAUUGAUCUUGCGGACGUCAAAGGUUCCUGUCCUAUCUUAUUCUCUACAUUUAAGGAGAUGUUUCGCUAUAACGCGAUAGGUGUCUCCGCUCGCAUCGCAAUGGAGGACCACAUGCUCGAUAAUAAGUACCUCAUCAAGAAGGGGAGUACAGUGAUGAUUCCAUCCAGAGUUCAACAUUCCGUCCCAUCGGUAUGGGGCGAAACAGUAAACGAAUUUCACCAUAAGAGAUUCAUACGACAGCCCGGAAUCAAGGCACCCAACCCUAUUGCUUUCCGUGGCUUCGGUGGGGGUACUACUCUGUGUCCGGGACGGCACUUUGCGUCCACUGAAGUCUUGAUGUUCUCUGCCCUAAUGGCUCUGCGGUUUGACAUUUUUCCAGUAGGCGGGAGAUGGUUGAGACCCACGACGAACAAGUCGCCCCUAGUAGCAGCGGUUCCUGUUCCGGAUUGGGACAUAGAUGUUGAAAUCCGCCCUCGGGAUAGCAGGAAGUGGAAAGUCUCAUAUUCUGGCUGCAAUACGGACUUGGAGAUUUCGGUAGAAGAUAUUGGAGGAGUCAAGUCGGACGUGCCCUAG